ACAUUGGUCAGGAGGUUUCCUUAAACAUGAUUACUUCCAAAAUAUUGUUUCUUAUCUUUCCAGAGAAUAAGAUUUUGUUUCCUGUUAACUUUUUUCCUUUGAUUCUUGAUCCAAAUCUUCAUUUUCAUUCUCUCAUCUGAAGCAAUUUCAGUGUGUUAGAAAUAAUAUAGAGAUCCAUCUCGUUAUAUAUCAGAAUAAAUUCCGUGAGAAUUGAGAAUUUUUAGUGUCCUUAUUAAAUUACUUCCCAAAUCAGCACAAAUUCCAAUAGUCUUGGGGAAGGAAAGUGCCCUCCUAAUCCAGAGAGAAAACUUUGGAGACUGAAUAUAGAUCAGAGCAUAGUAUUUUCACCUGUUUUUGUUGUUUUUGCUUCCUUGUUUGUUUUUCUUAGAAAGGGAGGAAAAGAGAAAAAAUCGAAACACAAAGUUUUGCAAAGAUGAAUGUUGAAAACUAUCUUUGUAUGUAUUUGGAAAAAUAAAAUACUGUUGAAAAUAAACCAGCACUGAAUAAAAGUAUACUGUAAUCUGUUUACUCAAGAGAAAAUCAGAUACACUAUCACUGCUGUCAUUUUUUGUGUAUGUAUAUUUAUGUGUAAAUAUAGAUUUAGAUGGAGAGAUAUUUUUUCUUUUCUCCAAAGUUAAUAGACCCAGAGUAACAAAAAAGCUUUCACAAAUCAGUUUUGUUCUUAUGAAGAAAGGAUGAUUAAAUUGUUACUUAGGAAAGAAUGUGUCCUUGUUAGCAUAGCCUUUUAUACUACACUUAAGAAAAUUUGUAGUAUCCACUUUAUUAGACAAUCCAAAUUUAAUCACUUGUUACUACUGCAUUCAUUAUUGGAUAGGAUAAAGAGGCACUAAUGGGGAUUCUUUGAAUUUUCUUUUGUAUUGAAGGAGAGACAUUUUGCUGUUAGACAGACUAAAUGGAGUUAGUUGUGUCAAUUCUUAACUUUUAGGUGUUACAAAGAUCUGCCACAAGCUAGAUCUUGGAGAUCGAUUUCAGCUCUUAAAAACAUGUUCCUUUAAUAGUUUCAAAUGAGUGUGUGACAGGUAUACAAAGUUACAUAAAAAAUUGGAGGCACAAGAAAAGAAAUACCUUUUCCAAGUAUGGAGAAGAGACAAGUUUAUAAUCAAACAAGAUAGAGAUCAUAGCUAACAGAUAAUUCUGAUUACAUAAAAUUAAAGAGGUAUUUUUGUUUUCGCACAAAUACAAUUAAGUUAACCUUAGAAGAAAAGCCCUUCACGGGGAAAAAAUCUUUUUAGCAAGCUUUUUCAAUAAAAGUCUCAUCCAAUAAAUAAAAGGAGUCAUUUCAGAUAUGAAAUAUUUAAAUGAUCAAACCAUUCCCCAAUGAAUAAGUGCUCAAAGGAUAUGAACAAGAGGUACUCAAUGAAAGAAAUGGAAAGACUGUGCAGCAUUAUGCUUCAAAUCACUGAUUAAUUAAAUGAACUACUUUGGCAUCUAUCUUGGCAAAGAUGAUAAAAAAGAGAAAUGAUGGUUUUGGAAAGCUUCUAAGAACACGAUGUGGAAGCAUAUUAAUAAACCUUUUCCAGAAUUUUCUCUUUAGGAAAAUGUAUAAGUAGUCAAGAACAAAAGCUAAACUUAGUAGAAGUAUCCCUUAUCUUUCUAAGAUUAUUGAUUUUUCCCUUUAGCCUAGGGUGACUGAACUAGGACCUAUCCUUUAUUUAAAAGGAUUAAGUUGUUGGUUGUUUCUUUAGGGGAGGGGAGUGGUCCUGGAAGAAAUUUAGGAAUUCUAGUAGAAGAUUAAGUCAUUUUUCUGAAAUGUUAACUCAAAACCUUUCUAUAUUCAAUAUUCCUAUAAAUGUUGCUUUAAAUUUGGGGGGAGUAGAGAAAUGCUUGAAGGCACUGUGGGGAUUAUGUUAAUUAGAACAAUUUUCUAAGCUAGAAAUUUUUGGAUUUAGUGUAAUAUUAAAUCAAUUAAAAAUUAUUUCUGAAAGUUUUUUUAAUCUAAAACAAAGUACAAUGUUAAUUUUCUUCUUUGACAACAGGCACACUGAUGUACAUUGGUGAAGCUGUGAAUUAGUACAGCCUUUCUGGAAAGCAGUAAUGGAGCUAUGAACAUGUUUUUAAACUGUGCCCCACUAUGCUUAUGCCCCAAAGGGUCUAAAGAAAAAGAAAAUAACAUAUAUGUACAGAAAUGUUUAUAACAGCUCUUUUUGUUUAGCAAAUAACCGGAAACUAUCAUUUAGGGAAUAGCUAAAGAAACUAUAGUGUAUAUACACUUAUGUAUAUAUAAUGGAAUAUUUUAAGAAAUUUUUAUAAAAGGAAUGGUAUCUAAGAGACUUAGGCAAAAUUUUUAUGAAGUGAUGCAAAGUGAAAUGAACAGAACCACAAUUUAUAUCAUAACAACAAUCUCAUAAUAGCCAAAUUUGAAAGACUUAAGAAUCAGAUUAGAUAUACUCCAGAGUACUGAGGAGGGUCUGUGGUCUUCUUACAAGAGAAGUGAUAAUCUCAGGGCAGAAUAAGAGAGUUUUUGUUAUGGCAAAUAAUAAUUUUGCCUGACUGUAUAUUUGUUAUAAUGAUUUUGUUUUUAUUUUCUUUUGGGAAGAGGGAAUAGAAAGAGGGAAGUUGUCCAUAGGACUCAAUUAAAAAGUAAAAGAGGUGGGGGAAGAGUUUUUAUGCUUUUUUUUUUUUCCGGAGGCAAUUGGGUUUAUAAAUGACUUGCUCAAGGUCACAUAGCUAGGAAGUGUUAAGUAUCUGCGGUCAUAUUUGAAUUCAGGUCCUCCUGACUUCAGGGCUGGUGCUCUAAACACUAUGCUACCUACUGCCCCCUUUUAUGCUUUAGGAAAAAAAAAUUCUAUAUACCAAAGCUGUGAGUUGAGGAAUAAAGUGUCUUUAAUUAAGAUAAUAUGGUAGCAAUCCUGCCACUCUGUGGAAUGUCCCAUGAAUUCAAAGGAUAAUGGAUUUCCCAACCAAGAGACCCAUGAAAAGUUAUUUUAUUUUUAGGAAGGGAGAGGAAAGGAUUACUAUGAAGAUUUGUCAUAUGAUCCUAGCCACUCCAGCAAGGAAUACCUCUUCUUUCUGGCUGUUUUGCCCUUUUUGCUAUGAAUUUCUAUGGAAAGAGAUAAGGACUUUAGUGACCAAGGUCCAGUUUAAAUUAAGUUCCUUUAGGAGGUAAAAUCUUGGUGGGGAGAGGGAAGACUUAUUAUGUGGUUCUCAAUCUAAUCAAGAGUAAAUAUUUUAAGGAUAGGAAUGUAGAGACCUAAAAGAAAACAGGAGGAAACACAGGUAAGCAGGAUAGCUUUGAAAGUUAGAUGUUGAAUCUGUUGUGUAUGUAGAUAUAUGGAUUUUAAGGAAGCUAAGCCUAAUAGAUGAUUUCUAUUUUAGAUAGAAUGCUUUUUCUGUUCUACUUUACAUACGGGAAUGGUCAUUUUAUUUCAUGUUUAAGUUCAGAAUUUAAAAAAAUAAAUAAAUUGACUUUGAGCUGGGCCAAAGGAAUUCUAAGUAGAGGAAAUGCUAUGAUUGAAGAAAAUCAUGAAAAUGGGAAAGGACAAAGCAUGUUUCAGAGAAUGGUAAUAUAAGAAAUAAAAUAUAAGAUAUGAGUAGGGCUUUAAUGUGAGAAAAGACAGCAGAGAUUGACCACACUUUGUGAAUGGUCUUGAAUGGUAGACUAAUCACUUUCUUUGACCUUAUGUAGUAAGCAGAAGAAAGUCAUUGAAGGUAUUUGAACUAGGGAAUGGAUUGAUUAGAUCUAGGUGCCAGGAAGACUAAUCUGUAGUGGUAUUUGAAGGCUAAAAUUAAAGAGGGUACUGAGUAGAUACAGGGAGACUUGUUAAAAGAUAGAUAACACUGAAUCUAUCAUGUUUAACCUUGACCCCAAAGAAAAGAUAAGGAUACGUAUUCCUCCUUUUGUAAAAAUGGGGGAUUGUAAAUGUAGAACCUUUAAUUUCUGACUUGUUUGGUAUAUUGAUUAGUGGCAAUAAUGGGGGGGGGAGGAUUAAGUUAUUUAAAAUAUUUUUUAAAUCUUUUUUAUUAUUUGUUAUAAAAAGUAGCUCCCUAAAAAAAAAAGUAGCUUCCUAGAAGGGAUUAUACAGCAGGAUAUAUUAGGAAAUGUAGGUGAUACUACAAAGAUACACAUAAAUGUUUUUUAUGAGGCUACAGUGGUAGAAAUAUGUUAAAGACUAAACUAAGUGCAUAUAAAUUUUCGUCCUCAUUUCACUCACAGACAUUAUAUUGCUUUAUUUCCUUAAGAGACAGGAAAUCUUACUGGCAUCAGGCAGAUCAUCUUGGUCCUUUCAGGAAAAGGAGGGGUGGGGAAAAGUACCAUUUCUACAGAGCUGGCCCUGGCCCUUCGGCAUUCAGGCAAGAAGGUGAGUACUGCCAUUCUCUCCUCUGCUGAGUUUGUUUCCUUUCAUUUGCAACAAUUGGAACUUUUCAUUAGGUAAAAUUAGUGUUGCUAGAUCUUUUCUCAUAGUAGCUAAUAUGCUUGAUUGAAGUCCUAAGGCACUGAAUAUCAGUCUUUCUUUGACCAGUGGCGUGGCUGCAUGGAACUUUCUGAACCCCUACUCCUGCUACCACCCUGUGGGACAUUCUUCAUCUUGCCUGGGCAAGACAGCUCUACACUGUCUUUAGACUUCAAAUCAACACGAAUUCUCAAAUCUCAUGGCUGACUUCUCCAGUGAUGUGGCAGUAGAUCUGAAUUUGACCUUAACUUUAUUUUUUUGUUGGGAUUCUGGAUGUGGAUCUCUGCGGUCCCAGCAUUCCCCGAAUGCUAAAAGUACAAAACAAGGCCGUGCACCAGUGUGACAAUGGCUGGGUGCCUGUGUUUGUGGACCAAGAGCAAACCAUCUCCCUCAUGUCUGUGGGUUUCCUACUGGAGAAGCCAGAUGAGGCUGUGGUGUGGAGAGGACCCAAAAAAAAUGCAUUGAUAAAACAGUUUGUCUCUGAUGUGGCCUGGGGUAACUUGGACUAUCUCAUUGUGGAUACACCGCCUGGGACUUCUGAUGAGCACAUUUCUGCUGUGGAAGCUCUUCGCCCUUAUAAGCCCCUGGGAGCUAUUUUGGUUACUACACCCCAGGCAAUUUCUGUGGGUGAUGUCCGGAGAGAGCUCACCUUUUGCAAGAAGACAGGGUUGCGAGUGCUUGGAAUUGUGGAGAAUAUGAGUGGUUUUGUCUGUCCACAUUGUUCGGAGUGCACUAAUCUUUUCUCUAAGGGAGGUGGGGAAGAAUUGGCCAGACAUGCAAAAGUUCCCUUCUUAGGCUGUGUGCCCCUGGAUCCUCAGCUUACAAAGAGUUUGGAGGAAGGCCAAGACUUCAUCCAGGAAUUCCCUAAAAGUCCUGCUUUUCCUGCAUUCAUUUCCAUCACACAGCAAAUCUUGAAUGGGACAUCGGCUCAAACCUCCUAAGAAGACAUCUCAGGCUCAUGCCGACUAUGAUUCCUUUUUUGCUGCUUUUGGAGACAGACCUUUAAAAGAGUUGUAACCAGAAGAACAUCACAGUGAAAAGGCCUCUAAAGAAACUUCCUGGAUCAUCCACAAGCCCUUAGUGCAGAGGAGCCAGUGUCAUUUCUGCAGUCUCACUGCUAUUAAAAUAGGCUCCCUAAAGACCAGUAGCUGUUAAGUCUGGGGCAUUGGCUUGUUUGUUUUGCCACAAUCCCUAGCAGUAUGUCAAGCCUUGGCAUCCUUCUGCUCAGAGUGUGGAUCCACAGUGGUUAAUGGUACUAAGUUUUAGCUGCUCUUUACAAGACAGGACCAUGGAAGGCAUGCUGACUUUAGCCACGAUGUAGCUAACUGUAGAGACAUCCCAACAUAAAUGACAUUGUCAUUUCUCUCUCUACCUCUGGUACUAAAACUGUUAUUGCAUAUACCAUGGACAACUUUUCCUUGGCUCUGGAUGCAGUGCUACUAAGUGCUUCUAAGUAUUUGGAGUAGUUCCCUUUUAAGAUGUGUAAAUACAAUAUGGCUAUUAAAUCCAUAUGAUAAUUUGGAAACAUAUUUAGUUUAAAGGAAUAUAUCUCUGGUCCCAUCAUAUGAUUUCUUCGUUGUUAAACAUGCCUCAGGAAUGCUUUGGAACUUUAAAAGAGCUCUCAAUUAAAGAAAUUCAUAGCUCUC